CUCAAGCAGAACGUGACUAAAGAGAGUGCACGUUCUGGACAAAAGACCAGGUGCCUUCGUCAGAGGAUGUGCCUGCAGAGGGAGAGGUCCACUAACUUGGAGAGAGAGUUAGCAGAGACCAAGACCCGGACUGAGACUGAGAUGGUCCGGGUCAAGGCCAGCCUAGUGGCCACUAUAAAAGAUCAUGCAGUGAACAAACUGGCUCUUGAAGAUAGACUGUCCAAGGCUCUCCAGGCGUUCUCCCAAGCCGAAGGAGCUCUGGCACUGUCCCAGACCAGCAUGACGGCCAUGGAGGCACACAUGGAGUCAGUCACAGGCAACCUAAGAGGCCUGCUGACAAUGAGAGAGGAGGAGAGCAAGGUCUUGGUGGAUAAGAAGACCCAGGCUCUGGAAGCCCAGGGGAGGGCUGAAGAGUCCCUGACCCAGGCUCAGGCCUCUCUCCUAGGGAUGAAACAGGGCAGCCUAAAGGCUGAGAAAAGCUGGUUGGGACUCAUGGUUGAGAAAAUGGAAGCGAUCAAUGCUUUCGACACAGAGAGCCUUCAUGCCCUGUGUCUGCAGUGGCAGGUGUCAAGUGACAAAGCCUUGGAGGUGAAGGACAGGGAUUGGAGGAGGAAGGUUGAGGACAUGGACAUUCAGAUGAGCCAGCUGGAGGAGGAGAAGAAGCAGGCUCAGACAGAUCUCCACCUUGCUCUGGCCCAUAUACAGACCAUCAAUGCUGUAUGCGUUGGCAGGUUUCUGGUCAAAAAGGCUUGGAAAAAGAUGGAGAGAAAGAUGCAGAAAAAGAGUUAGGAUGAAGACUGGACCCCCCCCCCCCCACACA